CACUUACUGGCUCGUUACUCGCUGCAUCGAACUGUAUAUACUGUGUACAGUGUACCCUAGAAAUAAAGUUCAAUUCAGUUCGCGUCAGCCAUGCCGGGAACGCGUUCUUUCGAAAAUUCUGAAAGUGAUUGCCUCGGUGACUCAGCGGCUAAGGUUGUUUGUUUCUCGCUUCAAAGCACAAGGUGUCGUAUUCGAUUCCCAGGCCAUGUUUGCAAUAUAGAUCUAAUAAGGGCUGGUCAAAACACCCCAAGUGGUCAACAACUAUUCCGGCCCUCCAUUAUGGCGCUACUCAUAUUCAAGUUGUGGCACUCGGGUGCGAUAACCUAUAAGUUAUAAAGCUCGGAGAGAGUCAUGUACAACUUUAGUUCAUCGUACGAGUAUGCUGAGGACUCUUGAUGGUAUUUUGGCGCUGAAAUACAGAGAAACCACGGUAACGAAAACGUAUACAGAGCGCUGCAGCGCUCGAUGUUUUCAUUCCCGCGAUUUAUUUGUAAUUCUGUCAUGAUAACUAGCGUGGUUUCCCAAUUCCAACUCACCCAAAUCAGUACCUUGUUAUGCUCAGGGCAUUCCUAAAAAAAACUGUCAUCGAAGCUGCAGCCUCUUUGAUCGCUGCGGACGGCCUUAUUUCGCGAGUGAUCGUUGUAGGCGUGCUGGUUGGCUGGUUGGCGCGUGGUGGUUUGGUUCGCAUCACUUGCAAGGCUCGCGACGCUCCUCAGUAAAGCGUGACCAUGUUUCAUACAUUCGUAUCUUCUUUCCGGCUUACUCAUCUGUGAAUGCCUUAUGAUCUGCUGUGGGAAAGCCCGCUGUUGGUCAAGUUUAUAUUCAGUGACGCAACACACUGCGUGCAUGCGCAAUGAAACUAGUUGAACGGUAUACGAAUGAUUGAAAUGCGUACAGCAGUGCGCCAAGGUCUUCGUAAAUAGUUAAGAAGCAGGGGCCAGAUUCACAAAGUUUUUCUUUCGUAAGUUCGCUUUGCCAUUGGCUGGCCGCUUUCAUUAAUGGCAUGUCUGGCAUUCGGAUUGACUAAAAUUCUUUCUCACGAAAAAUUAUAGCGUAGCAAGUUCUUGGGAAUUCGGUCCCAGAGUUGUUACCUGCUCACCACGUGGCUCGGGCUGCUGUAAGGCUGCGCGCAUGCGCGCGCCCACACACACACACACACGCACUACAAGAAAAGUAAGCGACGAACUUUAUUUACGAACGAUUCUUUGAGUAAACCAUUGAAUAGCGCAUCGAAACACCGGGAAAAUAUUACUUUGGUGAAACAAAUUCUGAAACAAAUAUUAUGAGCUUUAUACUUGAGAGAACUUGCCAUUUCUGAAGCUCUAGAAUUUGACUUGUUUCUUUUUUUUUUUUUUGACGCAAACAAAAUUUGUUCAGAACAGCGAGAUCAGCAGAUACCUAAGGAGAACAUACAUGAGCUUCUCAUGUAUCGAAAUCUUGAAAAUAACAGCUCAAGCUUCGUCUUAACAAAAUCACUUUAUAUUCAAAAGAUAUUGCUCGAAAAUUGCAUUUUAGUUAAUUUUGCGGUAAGACCGUUGAUUGCUAAAAAGAAGAACGUAGUCUAAACUUGCAUUACAUAUUGAAUUUCGCGCCGGAACCCCAGCGCAGGUGCGUCAGUGUGACGUCACGAAUUUCAGAGUGCCUUUUCGUAUUUUAGCCGUUGUGGCGCAGUAAAUGUUGUUGAAACUUGGUAACUUUAUUCCUAACUUGGAAUUAAAAACUUGGUAAGUUUUUUAUUCCUUUAGAAUACAGUGUAUAGCCAAUCAUUGAACUAAAAACUAAACGAGGCCUGAAGAACUGAUGCCAUGAUGCCAUGGUGAGCUAGUGUCGAAACUUCAAGACGGUGUCGCCACCUGCCUUUCCUUUUUACGUAUUUUCUGUCCCCUAAAGCCUCUUCUCAUGGUAAGAGUGGCUCUCUUGGUAUUGCAUGUAGAAGGGUAAGUGACUAAUUUGCAGCUCAGCUUAUUUUGCUCUUUAGUGUCUCUUGAAAGAAAUUUCCUAUGUUGCAUCAGGUUGUACAUUCGCACUAUAUAUCAUGCACUGUCGUGGCAAACUUACAACGCUGCUUCUUCAGCCGGAUGUUUUCAUUAAGGCAGGUCGCACGCGCCGCUUGUUUACUCGAAACUUACCAACUCUCUUUAGAGGUGCGAGUGGUCGCAGUGCGAACAAACAGCUAAACGCAACACAAUGCUUUAAUCAGCAGCGUCGAGAUAACGUGGCUGCGAAGGCAGCGAUACACAUUCAUUGCGGGUUUUACCCUGUCCUCUCUGAGCUCAUUCUGCCAAGCGCAUUCAACGUUGGAAGUUUCAACUGUCCCGUUUGUCGCUUCAUGCAGCGCAAAGUCAAACACAAGCAGGGAGCAAGGGGCCUCCGCCUUAUCCGGCAAGACGGAAUAAGAAGUCAGGGUCAGCUUUCGCCACCACGUCGACUCGAGAGCCAACGAGGGAGGACUUCAUUGUUCCCGCUCCACGUUCCGUAUUGUUCCGGACGAAAGGGGAUCUUCACAGCCUCGCCCGUUCGCUGGUGCUGUCAUGGAUUCCACGUCGACUCUGCGAGCGCUGCUCUUGCUAGGAGGUAACCUGGUAGCCGGACCCUUCGUCUACUGGCUGCACGUUCGGGCAGACAUUCGGCAAACUUGGCCUGCGUACCAUCGUACGGCCCUGCUGUUCUCGGGAGGUGCCUUGUUCGGCAUAUCCUUCGUCGACAUGCUGUACUCAGGUUCCAAGAUGCUGGGCCAGAUCACGUCUUCCGACACGCCAGUGGCGGAAAUAGUUGUGUGCAUCGGGUUUGGCGUGGGCCUCUGCCUCCAGCAGUUGGCCACUGUUCUCGUUGACUGGGCUGAACGCAGGAGAAUGCCUCGGAGCGUGUCAGCCACAGAAAGCACUAUGCUGUCCUCUUACUCAGCAAACGUCGACUACGGUGCCACAGAAUCAACCUGUGCCGUUCAUGGAAGGCGUCCAGGAGACAAGCCGCUGUCCCACGUGGGCCUCUGGGCUUCCCUGGCAACCCUCGGAUGUCUCUGCGUCUACUACACGCUUCACUGUCUCAUUCUCGGUCGAGUCCCCGAUCAAGCCUCAGUCGAAGCCAGCGGCGGCUUCAAGGCCGCCGAAGCGAACACCAUCGUGGGCUCCAUUGCCCUCGCCGUUGUGAUGUACUCCUCCGACCCACGGCCGACGGCGCUCCUGGCGGUGUCACUGCUGCCAGCUGUGCUGCCAGCUUUAGCCUACGCUGUCGGUUGCUUCACGGUCAAGUCGAGCGUCUCGCUGUUGUACGCGGGCAUCACCGACACGUUCUGCUGCGGCGUGCUUCUGUGCGCGAGCGUUCUCGGUGUUGUGUGUCCCUACAGUCGAUCGGCGGUGACCGGUUGUCAUUCGUUCCCACCCGCGGCGGCGGGCGUUGUGUGCUCUAUUCUCGUGCGCUUUGCCCUACCUGAUGUGUGGUGACGAGGGUAUACGAACACUGCUGCGCGCUGAACACUCUCCUUUUCGGACACGUGGCCUGCAUUGUACUCAUUCCGUUACCUCGUUGUCGACACGUGGUGCUUGUGCACAUUCUCAAACGGAGCUCGGAGGACGGUGUCUUGUUUCGUGCUAGACUAUGCGGGAGGCGAGCAGUGGUGAAGCCGAAGUUAACUGCAACAUCUGCGCCCCACUGCGAUGUGCCUCGGGUGCCGUAUACGUGAAGAGUGAAGAAAAUGUUAAAGUUUAUGUACCUCUCGACAACUUCAGCAACGGACUCAGAAAUACCCUUUUGAAGAUGUUUGCGAACACAUUCAAUGACUUUCUACUCACACUAGUAGAAAGUGUGAGUAGAGCAAAGGCGGCAUGCUCCUACACGCAGCCUUCUUUUGAAAUGUGUAGUGGACAGCUUACACUCACUAGACAUCGUUCUUAUAUGUGUGCAUUUGCGUUCUCUCUUCUUAUUUUUAUGUUUUGAAUACCACACCAUUGUUUACAGCUAUUCAUUUUCAGAUUCAUACCAGAUUUUUCGGACGUUUACUGACAGCCUACUUUUUAUUUUACCUGUUUGCGUUCAUGACGGUAGUGCUACAUUUAUAAUGUGAAGCUGCUUUUUGCCUUGCUGGACAAAACCAAAUAAUUUAAUCUAGUCUCUUGUCGGCUUCGUACUUCGUGUUUCUGGUGCCACGUCGGCGAUAUCCACAGUGGACUUUCUCUUCUUCUCCUAAUCUUUCCCUCCCCUUUUCCCUUCCUUCAAUGUAGGAUGACCAAUUGGGCCAAGUCCUGGUUAACCUCCCUACCUUUCAUUUCUCUCUCGCUCUCUCUUGUGUUUCUUCGUAUAACGAGGGAGGCGUUAAUGUUCAAGGACAUGCGAGAAAAAUAUGCUCACAGUCGAUUACAGUAUAACAAAACAUAUAGAAGCGUCACCAGCGCGUUGCACGGAACAAGCCAAAGGUUUGAAUACUUUUGAGCUCUAUGUCACAAGCGAGCGCUUCCAUUGCAUGACCGAAAUACGCUGUCAGGUGCAUCUUUUACGUGAACGCAAAUGGUAUAUAGAUUAGUAAAUACUCUCGAAAAGUUGUGAUUUGUAUGUGUCACGCUUCUUCGGUUUCCUUUUUUUUUUUCUCUCUCUUUUUUUUCGGAAGUCAAAUACUCAGGUUGUCACUCAUACGUGUAUUGCUUUAUUUUGACGGUUUCACCGGUUGUCGAUUCACGAGCGCAUCUUAAUUACUACCUCGAGACAAUCAAUGUAUUCAGAAAAUCACGGUAUAGUUACCGGGGGAGCGUGGUAUUUGUUUUCUUCUUUGAAAAAAUAAAUUAUUAUUUCCAGAGCAGAUUAACUGAAACAUUCACUGCAUCUGAAUUGGUCGACCUUUACUUAUGUAACCUGCCGUAUUUCGUGUAUCCGGCAUUCGUCUUUAGCUAAUUGAAAGCAAACGAACGCCACACGUUUUUGAGUUCAGUGCAGUAUACCGCACGCCACAAAAAUGCAAAAAUAUACCGCGUUCCCAUAUAGCUUUUUUUUUUUUCCUGACAGAAUGUGACCAGGUCACUAUACAUAGCUGAACAGUGGUUAAAUAAAAUGUUA